CCCAUGUUGUUCAUCACUGUGUCACAGACGGCCACCACGGCAGAGACAUGAGUCCCUCAACCCAUUGGUGGUUUUUUCUCCAGUACACUUUCAUUUCUCUAUCUGGGCCAGCGAAAGCCUGUUACAAAGCAUGUACCUGUCUCCCGGACUUAAAAUAUAUCAACUGCUCAGGUGGGAACCUCUCCGCCGCUGUCAGCAGCUUUCCCUCCAACACUGAGUAUCUGGACCUGUCCGAAAACCUUCUAACAGCCCUCCCACGGGGCGCCUUCGGGGCACUCUGGGGCCUGAAGGUGCUGCUUCUCAGCACCAAUAACAUCACGUCGGUGGCAGCCGGGGCUUUCAUCAAACUCCAGAGCUUACAAAGGCUGGAUCUUAGCGGGAACCGGAUAGGUGCCCUGGGGGACUCCUUCGCCCUGGGUCCGGGCUCCCUGUCACAGCUCCUCUUGUCCGGGAACCGCCUCACCGCGCUAGAGAUCGGAGCCUUCCGCGACCUGGAUGGCCUCGCCCGACUGGACCUCAGCGCCAACCUCAUCCAGCUGAUCCACCCGGGGGCGUUCGGCGGGGUGACGUCCCUUCGCCGACUCCACCUGGAAGGGAACCGGCUCCGGGUGCUGGGGACGGGCCUCUUCUCGACCCUGCACUCCCUGGAGGUGCUGGGCCUGCGAGGGAACCCCCUCGGCAGCCUGGAGCCGGGGGUGUUCGCCCCUCUUCCCAGCCUGGCCCUGCUGGACCUGAGCUUCAACCGGCUCUCGGGGCUGAACUUCAAGGCCCUGCUGGGCGUGCGCAGCCCCGUGGCACACGUGCUGCUGGAGGGGAACCCCUGGCACUGCGACUGCGAGCUGCAGAGGGUCUUCGACAAGCUGGGGCGGGUGCGUCGCAUCUCCCUGGACGACUACCGGGAGCUGAGGUGCAGCGAGCCCGCGGAGAUGAGGGGUCGGGCCGUGACGGAGGUGGAGGGCGAGCUCUGCGUCGGCGAGACGGUGACGGUGUUGGUCCUGACGCUGACAGUGCUCGUCACCGUGGCGGCGUCGCUGAUCAUGGCGGAGAGGAGCAAGAGGAGCACCGAGGCUAAAGAGGAGGAGGGCGGGACGACGGAGGCGUACAGCUAUUCCUAG